AUGGCAUUUCGCCGCUUGGUCAAACGGCACAAGAUCACAAACAACCAAAUGCUUUUAAUGCGUCGCCGUGAGCCGUAUAAACCAACCAUGAAGGACCGUCAAGAAAUUGCUGACCGCGCGAAGUUGGAGGAGUUUGAGCGUAAGAACGCGGACGGACUGAUGUUCGUCCCCGAAAAGGCCCUGCCACCGUGGCAGAAGUCACUCGCGCAUAACGCGAAGGCUCUCGGCUCUCGCAUUAACUUCAGAGGUUUCCGCGUCCGCGUGGCUGAUGGGCAGGAUGAGCCGGGAUUCCCUACACCAUUUCGUUAG